GGGAGUUUGGCUAACCGUCUCGGGCUCUUGUGCGAGCUAGGGUUUAAGCGCUAAGAGCGGCGGCGGGCGGCGGCGGCGAGGAGCAGAGAUGGCGGAGGCGGCUGUGAGGUACCUACGGGACGGGCGCCUCGACGGCGAGCACGCGCCGGCGCUGUCCGUGGAGGGAUCACUCCAGUGCUGCCCGCUCGCCGCGGGCGCGAUGCUCCACGUCGCGGCCGCACUCACCUCCCAGGCCGCGGCAGGGAAGGCGCAGGCCAGGGGGCUGGUGGUUGUGGCGUUCGAUCGGAGCCCGGAGGUGUACCUGGAAUUCAUGCGGCGCCGCGGCCUUGACGCAAAUUAUUUGAACCGAUGUGUUCGAAUAUUGGAUUGCUAUUCUGACCCCCUUGGGUGGAAGCAGAAGAUUCAAAAUCAGCAGCAUCAAGAGAACAGUACAAAGCAGUUCUCAACAAACAAAGAGAACGUUGCUGUUUUUAGAAAUGUCAAGGAUGUUAAAAAAUUGAUGUACUCCAUUACUGAACUUGGAGGAGGGUUUGAAGGGGAAGGCAAAAAGCAUUUUUCUAUUGCUGUUGACUCGGUUAGCACUAUGUUAAGGCAUGCUUCAGUGCCAUCAAUUUCAGGCCUUAUUAGUAAUCUUCGAAGCCAUGAACAAGUAUCAUCGAUCUUUUGGCUGAUACAUUCAGACCUCCAUGAACCCAAGGUGCCCCGAGCAUUUGAAUGUCUUUCUACUAUGGUUGCUUGUGUGGAGCCAGCACUCGUAGAUCCUGUGUGUGUAGAAAGUCCUGGAAACAUGUCUAUCCUGGAGCAAAAUUAUUCAAAAGCAAAGUUCAUUGUGCGUCUUAAAAGACGAAAUGGACGGGUGAAGCACUUUUAUGAGGACUUGUAUAUUGAUGGAAAUGAUAUCAAAUUUGAUUCUGCUCCUGUAAGUACGGAAGUGAACCAAAGUCUAGUACCUAAGGUUCAGUUCAAUCUUGAGCUGUCGGAAAAAGAGCGCACUGACAAGGCAAAUGUUGUUCUUCCUUUUGAACAUCAAGGAAAGGGUGAACCUAUUCGAAUAUAUGAUGGCCGCGGAUCCCUACUUGAGGGUCAACGAGACCCCAACUUAGCACCAGCCCUUGUGGAUGAAAUAGCUCCCAAAUCUGGAACUGCGAAGGGUGAGAUACAUUACUUCCGUGAUUCAGAUGACGAGCAACCUGACUCAGAUGAAGAUCCAGAUGAUGACUUGGACAUAUGAGUAGGCAAUGUAUGAGCUCUUUACCUUAGUUGGAGCCAUGCACAGAUCAAUCCAUGGUAAUAGAUGGACCCAUUCAGAAAUGCAAUCUUUUUUGGGUUAGCCUUUUUUUUAGUGCUUCUAUGCUUCAGCUUGCUAAUUGGAAUCUCACAAAUACUGAAGUACUAAAAAACUGGUGCUUAUUUAAUAGUGUGUUUGCACAAACCAACCUUGUUAAAAUUUUGAUGACCCCAAGAAAUUGGUGUUUAUAUGAACGAUUGCCAAAACUUUGACAAA